UUGGCUGUCGCACCUAGAGGAUGUGUGCGAGUCUGUUUUUGUUGGUAGUUUUUUCAAUGCUGUCUGUAUACCCAGGAGCUGAAUAUCAGGUUCAAGUUCUUGAUGGUCAUCACUUUGAUCUGUGCUGCCAUGACUAUCAUCAUCUUCAUUGUCUGGCAGGUGGCUGAAGGGCACUGGAAAUGGGGGAACUUGUUCACAGGGUACAUGAAUGGUGCCUUCUUCACAGGCAUUUAUGGGAUGUGGAACCUUUACGUCUUCGCUCUUCUGUUCCUGUAUGCGCCUUCACAUGAGAAAUUUGGCGAAGAUCAGCAACUAACAGAUGAGAAGUGUGGAGAAACUUCAGUUCAGCUCAAACCACCAGGCUCGCCGGGCCAAUAGAAGUUUGUAACCUGCUCGCAAGGAGGCCUAGGAGUAACUGCUAUGCUAUCAUCUUUAAGACAAACCUGAACUGAAAUACAAGAUACCGGGCUACUCAACGAUUUCCAUGAGGAGCUACAUCUUAAACUGCUCACUUUAUAAUUUAUAAUUGGUCUUCUCUGAGCAGGGGUAUUGGAUAGGCCCUUGUGCAUCAUUCCACCCCUCAGUCCAUAGAAACACCUGCCAAAGAUACUACAGCUUAGGGUCCCCUCACAUACUCAGGGAUCUGGACACCAGCUGUUAGUACUUCAGAAUCCUGGGCUGAAUCAGCCAGCUUUUGGGGUGGGGGCCCUGCAGACUUUUCCAUGAUGGUGGACAAAUCCCAACCCCUAACCAUGGAAGGAUCUCUGAGGGCAGGGCCACCCAGAGGAUUCCGGGGGCCCGGGGUCUUCGGCGGGGGG